GUUAGUUAAUACCAACACAAGAAACAUUCUAUCUACACAAAACAAUGAUCAUCUCCAAUUCUAGGAUCAUAUCUUUGUUCACAAAUUUACAAAAACCAAACAUAAUGAAAAAUCCUAGUCAAGCCACUAUGUUCUUUUUCUCUGAGCCAGGAAAAAAAGUUACUACUAGAAAUUACUCUCUCAAGGUUUUAUCAAAGAAUGAUUCUUCCUUUCCUAUAUUAUCCGACAUAAAGAAGAAGAAAAACAAAGUUUACGACGAUGAAGAAGCAAAAAUAGCAGAGAAAUGGAAAGAUAUUCAUGGUCAAAACGAUUGGGAAGGGAUGCUUGAUCCUAUCGAUCCUCUAUUACGAGCAGAGCUAAUACGUUAUGGUGAGAUGGCACAAGCAUGUUACGAUGCAUUCCAUUUGGAUCAAGAUUCUAAGUUUUGUGGUAGCUGUAAAAUUGAUCCUGGAUUAUUUUUCCAGAGUCUUGGAUUGUCAGCAAAUCAUGGUUAUAAUGUAACCAGCUAUAUUUAUUCCAUGUACCAUAUUAAUAUACCAAGUUUUUUUAAAGUACCUCUUUGGCCUGAUGCAUGGAGUCAUAAAGCAAAUUGGAUUGGCUAUGUAGCAGUUUCAAAUGAUGAAUAUUCGACACAUUUAGGGCGUCGUGACAUAACAAUUGCGUGGCGUGGCACAGUGACAGAUCUUGAAAAGAUAGCAGAUUUCAUGGAUUUUCAAAAACCAACUAGAUAUCACAAGAUUCCUAGUCGCGAUCCAACCAUAAAAGUUGAAGCAGGAUUCUUGGAAAUCUACACCAGCAAAGACGACGAAUGCAACUUUUGCAAGGUCUCAGCAAGAGAACAGGUUUUAGCUGAAGUGAAGCGAUUGAUAGACAGAUACUCGAAUGAGGAAAUAAGUAUAACAAUAACAGGACAUAGUUUGGGAAGUGCUUUAGCUACAAUAAAUGCUUAUGAUAUUGCAGAGAUUGGACUAGAUGUACGCGAAGAUGGUCGCGUUAUACCUAUAUGUGUCUUCUCAUUCUCAGGGCCAAGAGUUGGGAACAUUAGAUUUAAGCAAAGGCUUGAGGGAUUAGGAGUGAAGGUGUUAAGAGUAGUAAAUAAACAUGACAAAGUUCCAGCAGUUCCUGGGAUUUUUCUAAAUGAGAAUGUUCCUACAUUUGUUCAAAAAGUUGGUGAAUUGUUCUUACCUUGGUGUUAUUUGCAUGUUGGAGAAGAGCUUGUUUUGGAUCACAAGACUUCCCCUUUCUUGAAAGAUAUAGAUAAUCUCACAUACUUCCACAAUUUGGAGGUUCACCUGCAUUUACUCGACGGAUUUCAUGGGGAAGGAAGAAGCAUUUGGCAUGGGAGCAGCAGGGAAAAAGCUUUGGUGAAUAAAACAACAGACUUUUUAAAAGAUGAUUUCUCUGUUCCACCAAAUUGGUGGGAAACAGAAUACAGAAAGCUAAUUGAGCAGCACAAAGGACAGUGGAUGAUCGAUCAUCAACAGAGUAGUCUCAAGAAUCAUUCCCCUGAAGAAGAUGAUCAAAACCAUCACCUUUAGCAGUUUGGUUGUUCUUAUCAUACUUUUUGCCGAAUUAUUACAGAUGUAAUCAUAAAAAAUCUACUUUUUAAACUUGUGGUAUAAAACAAGAUAUAGGUAUUUGUGGUGGUUAUAAAU